AUGAAUUUGACGGCAUCCCACAAGGAUAAAAUCCUGAAGGAAACUGAAGUCAAGAUUAUUCCAUUUACCAACAAAAAACAGGAAAGAAUAAACACCAUUAAGUUUCAACCCAUCACUGAGCUUUUCAUUUCUUUGGCUCAUGACCAACCAUUCCUAACUCUGAGUGAUACAAUAUGGGCUGCAGGUUGGGUCAUCAAAGCCCAUGAUCCUCAGAAUUUCAACAUUUUAACACAUGUUACUACUAGGGAUGCACGGGAUUCAGGUUUUUCAAAUCCGGCCGGGGCCGGAUUUAAAAUUCAAAAACCGGCCGGGGCCGGAGCCGGAUUUACCAUUUUACAUACACGCUUAAAUCCGGCCAUAAAUCCGGCCACCGAUAAAAAAGCCGGAUUUUGGCCGGAGCCGGGGCCGAACUUCGGUGCAUCCCUAGUUACUACACACCAUUACGCACAUAUUGGUUAA